AUGGUACUAACUGAUUAUUGCGAAACAACACCGCUUAUUGCUGAUAAAUGUGUGAUGAGCAGACGGAAGCGAUGGUUUUGUCAAACUAAGCAUUUUUUUGAGACCAUCAAUCCGCUGAACGGUUUUGAUGGGAAGGAAUCCUUGGAGACAUAUAUGUGGGAACAAUCACUGAAGGUGGAACCAAAGGACCCCGAUAAAAUGGAAUUUGUCAAACCAUCCAGACCAGCUUAUGUGCUGAAAUCACCAGGCAUCAAGCCACCCAAAUCAAUCUCAUUAGCACCAUCAACUAGUGGUCCGUCGAACCAUUACUCAGGACAUCGUGCUAGUGGACGAGGUUUCUCGGCACUUAACAAUUACAGUCCGAACAUAUCUCACUCAUCGGAUGUGUCACGUCCCAAUUUGUUAUCAAAUUUCGAGGACCGAAAUUCUUACCUUGGAAUGGUUGAAAUCACUCCAGGCCAGCAACCGCGAUAUCUUGGUGACGCAAAACGUGGUACACAAUCAACAGUUGCUUCACCAACUGAACCGCGGAUUCCGCCAAUAAUGCCAAGGGCUAAACAUCGAAACGAUAAAGCAUCGUCGACACCACCAAGUCCUCGUUCAUCACAAAAUGGACAUUUUACUACUCCGUCACCACCUCCUCUCUAUCCACGAAAAUUGUCAACCCAGGAACAGCUGGCCCCACCACCACCUCUAAAAGUUUUGACUCAUGGAGUUCCAGAUUUGAAUGGUCCUGUUCCUCCUCAUUCUGCUCCUUUUUGCGCUACUCCAGAUUCAUUCGUUUUUCCUCCGUAUGGAGGGAAUGCAAUAUCCCGAACAAUAGCACCUUUGGAAAGCACCUCUCCUGUAUCACAAACAACAGGCAUAAUUCCAACAGUACCACCGAGGAAAAAAGUUGAACAGCUGCCAUCCCCAUUGUUUGGUGAUGCUGUGCACGUCGUCUGGAAUAAGGAAGCGAAAUCAGCAGUGUGCGAUGCAGAUGAUACCAUAUCACCACCUUCAUCAUCGCAAAAUUCAAUUCAAAAUAGUGCUGCUACAGCACCGAAGCUGUAUCCACGAGGAGCUUGUCCAGCAGAACCACCUCCAAGGCCACCAAAAUUAUUUUACAACAAGAAGCCGCAAGAAUUGUGUGGUGAAAAAGUGCUUAAAGAAACAAAUGAUUUCGAUUCACCUCCUCCGUUACCACCAAAAACUUACAAACGAAGGCAACAACAUAAUCGCUUACAGUAG